CGUUAUGAAUCGUGAGAGACUGCCACUGCUGCUUUUCAGAGACGCUAAAUCGGAUCUGUCGCUUCUGUUCGCCACAUUAUGCGUUAUCGACAUAUUCGGCGUUUUUCCAAUCAUCGCGUUGCCGCGUGCGAUCGUGCAAUGCGGUUUAUACGGGAUUCCCCUAGUUCUUGUUGUGCUGGGCUUGCAAGUUUAUACGGCCGUUCUCCUUGGAAAAUCGUGGAUAAUCGCGACAACUCUCGAUCCGCAAAUUUCACGAAAAAAUCGUCAUCCUCUUGCUGCUGUGACUGAAUUGACGUUAGGACCACGGGCCAAGACCUUGGUCGCUAUAAUUCUGGAUCUCACCGUUUUUGGUUGCAGUAUACCUAAUCUACUGGUUGCAUCGCAAAAUUUACAAUUGUUUGGAUUGAAAGUGUCAGGACAACGAUUUGAUCUAUCCUUUUGCUAUUGGCUUUUGGUUGUGGGUGUAGUUUUGUGCCCAAUUAUGUGGCUUGGUAGUCCACGCGAUAUGAAAUUGUUGGUGUCGUUUUCUUGCACGAUGGUUAUACUGACAGCAGUACUGAUAUGGUGGUGUAUAAUUGUCGAUGAUCAAGAGUUUGAUGCAACACCAGUGCCCACUUCUCCCUCCUGGGACAAAUUUAUUUCUGGAUACGGCAUGUUGGCGUUUCAGUUCGAUGUGCACCCGACGUUAAUGACCGUACAAGUGGAUAUGCGUCGUUCUCAAGACAUUAAUAAAGCUGUUGUAAUUUCGUUCUUGGUAAGCGGUUCGUUGUUCGCCAUUACUACUGGUUUGGCUGUUUGGAAGUAUGGCGGCAGUACAACGGCUAAUGUUCUACAAGUGGUACCAGGAAAUUUUAUUAUGAGCGCGGCUAUUCUAUUUGCUGCUCUUCAACUCUGCCUGUCUAGCGCUAUAGGUCAUUCCGCUCUUUUUCAAGAUUUAGAGGAUCAAUGGAAUAUCCAGAGAUCUUUCGGGUGGAAAAGAUGUGCGAUACGGUCAGCCGUCGUUUUCCUUGGGGUGGCUGUAGGAGAAUCUGUACCAAGAUUCGACAUCGUAAUGGCUUUAAUUGGAGGAUCUUUGACGGGGCCGUUGGUCUUUGUGCUUCCACCACUGAUGUAUUCGAAAGCUGUUGCUCUAAAAGCGAGAUCUAUGCGGACAUUAACCCCUGAAGUGUAUUCAGCCACUGAGAGACGCCGGAGUAUCGGAGAAGAUAUAACAGACGAUCCAAGAAUUCAUUCUAGAUCGGUUUAUUACGGCGUUCUAAGUAUGCCUGAAAUCGAAUACGAUCGAUACUCGUACGUUUAUUAUGACGAUCUUGAGGAGUUCGACGAGGUUGCGGGUUAUGAAAAUGACUCCCGGAACAGAGGAGAGAUCAACGAAGAAUAUUCAAUGACGAGACAAAAUCACAAUAGUGAACCGAUGAUAUUCGUAGAUGCCAGUCGACCCUUUAAAACCUACAGAAGAAUUGCAAUUUCCGAGGAACCAGCCUCGAAGGAAGUUGUAAAUUGCACUUUUCGAAAAUGGCACAAUUGGUUCGGUUACUUGAUCGUAUUGUUCGGUAUUGUCGUCACCAUUUCUUCAACGUAUAUUAACAUUAAAAAUACGGUACGUUAUGUACAAUUCACGCCUCCGUGCAUUGUAAACGCUACCGUUGUACAAAAUCCUACAUAGAUAAGAUCACUUCACAGUGAUAAAAAUAAGAUAAUUAAGAUACUUACACAUGAUUUUCUGCAUGAUUAUUAUAAGUAUAAUCAAUACGUGCACGAGAGACUUUUUUUACUAUUGUAUACAUAAAUGUUUUAUUAAUUAAAUCUGUGUGAACAACUUUGUGUAACAGUAAGUUUCUUUCUAAAUGUAAUUUGAAAUUUUUGAUGCGGGCUUCAAACUUUCAGAUAUGCCCACUAGAUAGCAGCAAGGUACUGAUAAAAAUUCGCACUGAUAAACAUAUGAACUUUCAAAUUCUUAUCUAUACAAAAUUCAUAUCGUUGAUAAAUUUACUUAUUCUGAAAUUUCAUGUUCUUUAUAUCUAUACAUUCAUGUUUCGUUCCAUAAAAUUUAGAAGAAUAUAUAAAGUCGUUUCAU